AGCUUUACACACACACAGGAAGAGGAAGCGAGGGUGUGUUUGAGAUCAAGGAUGGACACAGAGCUACAGACACUACUUUAACGCUGUUUAUUCCUCAUCAAAUACAGCUGAAGGCGAUGGACGGGUUUCCCUGUUAGUUUGAAUGUGAUCUGACUGUCAUUCUUACCAGGGGUUGAAGGCGUAGAUAAUGUUGGACCACGCUGACGUGAGUUUGACCCCAGAGGAGCGAGUGCGGGCCUUGACGAAGAAGGGCAGCUCGGUGGACAUGAACGAAGCAGUGCCGGUCCGCAGAUACUUCCGCUCUGGCAUGGAGAUGAUCCGCAUGGCACACGUGUACGACGAGGAGGGCAACACAGAGCACGCCUUCGUCCUUUACAACAAAUACAUCACGCUUUUUAUUGAAAAGCUUCCUAAGCAUCCAGAAUAUAAGCUGUCUAAUAUUGCUGAGAAGAAGGAGAUGUUAAGGAAGCUAAAGGAGACGGCUUUCCCUCAAGCAGAGGUGCUGAAGAAACAUUUACUGAGAAGAUAUGAGAGAGAAUAUGCGGAGUAUAUCAGCAAAAAGCGUGCGGAAGCAGAAGUGCUGGAGCGCGAGUUAUCCCGUCAGCGAGAGCUGGAGUCGGAGAGGCAGCGUGUGCUGGACAUGCAGAGGAGACAGCGAGAGCAGGAGCAGUUCAGCAUGUUCGAGGACAUGAUCCGACAGAAGGAGCGUCCAGAACACAGGCCCCAGAUCAGCUCUCCGGCGUCCCAGCAGGAGGACACGCUGCUCAUCCCCGGGAUCCAGGGUCCACCUCUGCCCUAUCUAGAGUCCCCCACCCCCCCUCGGAGCCCGCAGACCAAUCACAGCGCUCCGCCGGCACCCCCGACCUUUGACCGCUCGCUUAAACCGGGUCACCUCAGCAACAACACUACAAUGGUUGAUGGCUUACGGCAGAUUGCUGUUCCUGCUGAACUCUGUGGCAAAUUCCUGCGAAUAGCCAAUAGCAACACCAUAAGAGCCGUGGAGACCUGUGGGAUACUCUGUGGGAGACUGAAUAGGAACGCGUUCACAGUGACGCACGUGAUCGUCCCGAAGCAGUGUGGCGGUCCAGAUUACUGUGACACGGAGAAUGAAGAGGAGCUGUUUCUGGUGCAGGACCAGCACAACCUCGUCACCCUGGGCUGGAUACAUACACACCCGACUCAGACUGCAUUCCUGUCCAGCGUUGAUCUGCACACACACUGCUCGUACCAGAUGAUGCUGCCCGAGUCCAUCGCCAUCGUCUGCUCGCCCAAAUUCAACCAGACCGGCUACUUCAGACUGACAGACUAUGGCCUGGAGGAGAUCUCAACCUGCACUCAGAAAGGCUUUCAUCCUCAUCCCAAAGAACCUCCUCUUUUUACGGGUGGCAGCCACAUUAUAAUCACAGAGGGCACCGUCUCGAUGCUUGACCUCCGGUGACCCCUUCACACGGCUGCUUCCUCAUGUUUUCACAGCUUUUUUCAGUGGUGGUGGGAUUUCUUGAAGAGACAGACAGCACUUUACGGAUAACUGAAGCAGAGAUGUUUAUGACAUCCGUUGGGAACUCAGGAACACGAUCACCUCCACGGGACACUCCUUUUGCGUUGUCCUAAUGAUCUAGCGAGCAGUAAGCUAAUGUUUUGUGGUGAUUUAUGCUCUGAUCAUAACUCAUCUGUUGAAACGAGUAUCUUUGAGAAGCGCUUCAGGCAGAACAUGUCAUGAAUGCAGCAAUUUCAGAUUUUGUUAUGAACUAUUUUCUUUUUAAUCUGUAAUCCAUGAAGAUGUGAUGUUGAAUUCUUGCUUCUGAUUGGUUCACAGACGUUUUGAGGGGCCGGUCACACAGAUCGCGUUUUAGCGUUUCAUAAUGCAAGACGCAGGGCUGUGGAAUGAAAAUAAUAAUUAUAGACAGGGUUUUUAAAAAAGUCAAACUAGUUUUAACGUGCGCUGUCAUGUGGAAGAUGCUAUAAAAAACACUGAAUGCAUUUUUUGCAUUUUAAAAGUGUAAGGUAAACUACUUUUAACAUGACACGGCAUCCUAAAAAUGCAGCUUGUGUGCAUUUUUUACAGUCUAUGCUUGUGUGUGAGACACUAAAAAGAUGCAAGACAUGACGUGUGAUUUACACUCAAUGCAUUUUUGUUUAAAUGUCAAAUUGUGUUCUUCAAGAUUAAUAUUUCAAUGUCAAUACAUCAUCAAUCCUUCUUUUUUGUCUUACCCUGAUUUACUAUGAUAAGCCUAAGCAUAAUAAAGUGUGUUUUAGACUGGACGGGACGGUUUUUCAGGGAAAUUGUGUAUAUGCCAAGACACAACAUAGCUUGGCUUUUUUAGAGAUGGAGAGAAUUAAAAUGUUAUAAAUGA